AUGGCGGACAUUGUGGCUCUGACAUGGUAUGUGGAGGAGCACAUUCAGAAAACGGGAGUCGCUAUAGAAACGCAAGGUUUUACCUUCAUAACAAGUGGACGAAAAAGAGAGUCAUUAACGGGCAAUGCAACGCUACACCUCUACCCCCAUUUCCGACCCCUGCUGGAGUUUAAAGGUGUUACGGACUACCUCUCAGCCGAGAUCUCCACCUCCAAGCAGAAGAAGUUUAGCCUGGUCACCUUCGUGGACACUCCCGGGCUGGUGGACGGAGACAUGAUCUACCCUUUCGAAGUCAACAAUGCCAUCACAUCGUUUGGGCAACAGGCGGACUUGAUCUUCGUGUUUUUUGAUCCCAUGGGGCAGGCACUGUGCAAGCGAACGCUCAACAUAGUGGAGAAACUGAGCGAGACGUGCGGAGACAAGCUUCGCUUUUACCUCAGCAAGGCGGACGUGGCCGGCAAGGAGACGGACCGACAGAGAGUGAUGAUGCAGAUUGUUCAGGAGCUGUGUCGCCGCCCAGGGCUCAACCAGUGUGGCUUUGCGAUGCCCACUAUCUACAUCCCCAAUCCGCAGAAGCCAAGCAGGUGUGUGAAUCAGAUUGAUGAGGUGUGUGAGACCAUAGAGAAGAGCAUCAACCAGGCCGUCCAGAAGACCCUGGACCAGCUCGAGAAGGACUGUGACCAAAUAUGCAUUACAGUCACCAACAAACUGGCACAAGACGGGGAGAGCGUCCGCUACAACCACAGCUCCAGGUUUCACUCCUUCAUGUGCGGCCUGACGGGCGUCCUCCUGCCCGUCCUCUUCAUCCUCAGCUUCGUGGUGAACACCUUCACCAGAGAGGAGCUGGACGCCCUGGUGGGAGAGGGGCUCGCUACCGCCCUCUUCCUCUCAACAGGCAUUAUGGUUCUGUUGUGGGACUGGAUUCCAGAGGAUGGGCAAAUACUGUUUGUGAUCCUGCUCGGGGCAUUCAGCUACUUUCUUCUGUUCCUCGCUAAGUACUUUGGCCGCCAGGGGAGCAAGACCCUCACAAAGAAAGAGAAGAAGACCAUGACACAGUACAGCGAGUUUGUCCAGGAGGUGGUCAGAGCCAAAAAGCAAAAACUGUACGAGGAGUACCUCCAAGAGUGUGCCGCAGAGUAUGAAUUCUGACCUUCUCUUCAGCUUCAGUGUACCGAGUUUCUCGAUGUGGUUAUUUGUCAGUGGGCAUUUCAAACUCCAAACGCCAAACCAGCAAGCAAAAAGCUCAGUGGGGGUUAAAAACACGACAGAAAAACGAAUAUCUCAGACAAUGCUUUAUACAUGUACUGUACAUGACGUGAAUGUUAUCAUUAACCCAAAACCACGUGGAUAUGAUCUUUUCUUACACAACAUACCCACAGACUAUUCUCUAUACAGACAUCUAGGAGGUUGGGUAUAAGCCUUACUAUUGAUGAAGACUCAUAGUGCCUUUCUUUGAAUAAUGUGAAGGAGUAAGCGAAUGUGAUUGUACAUACAAUAUGACCUCACCGAGUUUGAGUUUCAGAACCUGCCAUUUGAAAAUGAUUUUCUGAAAUAUAUCGUUUUCUGUAUUUAACUCCGAAAGUGCGCACAGGAAUGUUUACGUAACGUGAAGCUGCAUUUCUUCAGUGACUCCCUUAAUAACCUGGAACUGCCUUUUUCUCCUCUUCGAGAGGAGCGUUCAUUGUCUCUUUUGUUGUUGACAUUUGUUUUAUUUGUUUGUCUCUAUCACUCUG